CUGGCGUAGGAUGAGCCAUGGGCAGCUCGAUCGCAGCAACAGCGUCUGAGCCUACAUUCGCAGAGGAGGUGCAGGAAAUUAGCAAGGCAGCUGCUGACACCUACGACGAAGCUCUGCAGCAAAGAGUUUAUCUUGAACCCAUCGCCAGAGUCUAUUCGGACGAUGAGCUCGCUGAGGCCGAAGAUGUGCAUUCCUUGUGGCGAAGGGCACAGUCAUCACCCAGGUCAAGACCCGAGGCUGGGGAGACGAAGGCGCGCUCUUCGAUGGCUGAAGUCUGGGAAGGAAUGGAUUUGCCCAUCAGGAACACCUUUGUCCACUUUGACUGCCCGGAGAAGCUGGCACUGUUCGAUCGCCUUGCUGGGCGGAGCCCGGUCACCUCCGAUGGGGGCAGGUUGAUGCGCAGUGCCUCCUCCCCGAUGCUCAGCAGCCGCAGCACGCCUACAAACGAGCGCGCGCCAGAGGACCAGGAGUCCACAACAUCCGCGCCCAGCGGCAACAGCGCCAGAGAUCCGGAAGCGAGCGGCAACAGCACCAGGGAUCCGGAAGCGAGCGGCAACAGUGGCAGGGAUAUGGAAGCCAGGCACAUGAACGGGGAUUGUCGCCCGUGCGCGUAUUUUAACUACAAGAAAGAUGGAUGUCGCCUAGCUGAAGAGUGUCAGUUUUGUCACAUUUGCCCGCGCGCCAAGAGGAAGGCAAAGCCCAAGAAGCGCUCAAGGAGGCGUAACGGGCCAGCGGAGAUGACUUUUCAAGAGGUUUCUGAGUGAUGAGAGACGCGGCUCGCGACUUUCAAGUUGAAGCACCCUCACUCGUUACUGCAGGAAGCCAUUUCUUCGAAUUGGUUGCCGCGCCCACGCUACUCGUGGGUGUGGCAGCAGAAAUGCCAUGUGUGUCGCUCGGGCAUGCGCUGACAGACGGGCCAUGCGGCCAGGCUGUGGGUUCCAUCU